UCAUUCCUAUAUAAAUCACCUCAAGUAUACCUCUAUGGUCUCACACAUUACCAGAACUAUAGCUACCCUUUUCAAAAUUCACAAAAAAAAAUGUUGAAGCAUUUUUAUUUGAUAUCAAACAUAAUGAAAAUAUUUUUCAUGUCACUUCUACUAGUAGCUAUAGCUUAUGUAAGUUCUUGUGUUUAUGUUACUAACCAAUUUCAAUGCAAUCUUAAACCUUCAAUAUUAAUAAAAUCAUUUUGCUUAUCUACUUCUUUAGUUUACUACUACUUCAUGAAAAGACCAAACAAAAUUUACUUAGUAGAUUUUUCAUGUUUCAAACCAAGCAUUUCAUGUAUAUGCACAAAAGAAAUGUUAAUGGAUAGAGCAAAACUUGUUGGUUUUCUAAAAGAAGAAAAUUUCAAAUUAAUUGAUAAGAUUUUAGAUAGGUCAGGUGUUGGACCAAAAACAUAUGUUCCUGAGGGAUUAUUAGCAAUACCACCAAAAUUAACUCUUGAAGAAGCAAGGUAUGAAUCAAAUUCAGUUCUUUUUGGAGCUGUUGAUGAACUUCUUGAGAAAACUUGUGUUGAAGCUAAGGAUAUUGGAAUUCUUGUGGUUAAUUGUUGUUUAUUUAAUCCAACACCUUCACUUUCUGAUUCAAUUGUUAAUCAUUAUAAACUUAGAGGAAAUAUUUUGAUUUAUAAUCUUAGUGGUAUGGGAUGCAGCGCUGGUGUUCUAGCUGUUGACUUUGCCAAACAAUUACUUCAGGCACACCCAAACUCAUAUGCAUUAGUCCUAAGUACAGAAAAUGAAAUCUCAAGCAUAUACAAAGGCAACAACCCUUCAAUGCUUCUUGUUAAUUGUCUCUUUCGCAUGGGUGGAUCGGCCGCCCUACUCUCGAGCCAUCCGUCCGACCGCUAUCGAUCAAAAUACCAAUUGAAACUUUCGUUACGCACUCAUGUAGGCGCUAAUGAUGAUAGUUACAAAUGUGUCUUUCAAGAAGAAGACGAUCACGAUAUUAUUGGUGUUUCAUUGUCGAAAGAUCUCAUGAAUGUUGCUAGGGAUGCACUUCACGUACACAUGACAUCCCUCGGUCCGAUCAUCCUUCCGAUUUCGGAAAAGCUCAAAUAUGUUAAGAAUUUAUUCGAGAGGAAAAUUUUGAAGACAAAAAUCGAAGUGUAUGUACCAAAUUUCAAAUUAGCUUUCGACCAAUUUUGCGUCCAUACCGGCGGUAGAGCCGUUCUUGAUAGGAUGCAAAAAAGUCUUGAACUUGAUGAUUUUCAUAUGGAGCCUUCAAGAAUGACACUUUAUAGAUUUGGUAACACAUCAUCAAGUUCUAUUUGGUAUGAAUUAUCUUAUUGUGAAGCUAAAGGGAGAAUUAAAAAAGGAGAUAAGAUUUGGCAAAUGGCUUUUGGAUCUGGAUUUAAGGUUAAUACAGCUGUUUGGGUUGCAUUGAUGAAUGUUGAGCCUAAAUCGUUGAAAAACCCUUGGAGGGAUGAAAUUGAUGAUUUUCCUGUUCAAACUAAUCCUCUAAUACCAAGUAAGAAAUAAAUCAUUAAAGGUUUAUGUGUGAAGGGUGAAAUAAAUUAGGUUUAGUUUAAGCAAAAAAAUUAAUGAUUAGGUUUAUUUUAUGUAUAUUGUUAUUAAUUUGAGAAGACUUAUGUACUCAAAUGUUGUGUGAUGUAAUGUGUGGUGAGAGUAUUGAUUCGAAUAUAUGUAAUAUUCGGGUCGAUUCUUUAGUUGAAUUGAAAUAAAAUUUCUAUAUUGAU